CAAACCUUUCAUCUUCGUCGUCACAACGUAAACCCAAAUCCCCACAAAUUCCCAAAGGGGCCUAACCGUAGCUCUAAUCUCUCACCUAUGCAUAUGGAACAAGAAUCUGAAACAAGCACCAGCCAAAACGACGACAUCGGCGACCAUUUCUUCAACUCCUCCGAUGAUUUCCCCUUCUACGAUUGCAUCGACGCCUCCGAUGAUUUACCCUUCUACGAUUGCAUUGACGCAACCACCACAAACGACUCAUUGGACUCCGAAUCUGACGUGUCACUCAACCCCAAUUUCCGACCAACGCCGGGAAAUCCAUCUCUGGCAAAUCUCCGUCGUCGCCGACGCCUCUCGCAACGCAGCAAAGGAAUUCAGGGCAGUGGCGGGAAUGACCCAUCAGACUCCGAUUCUUCGGUAAUUUUGAAAAGUACUCUGUAUUUUGGAGGGAGAAAGUUCAGAUUUUCCCAGAGUUUAAAGGAAAGUGAAAAUUUGGAGGAAAAUCAGACUGGUGAUUCGAAGGAUCCAAGCACUAAUUCUUCCGUAAAUGUUGCAGAUCGCGAGGUGAAUGAAUUGAAUACUUCUUCUGUCGAUAUUAAUUCUAGAGAGAUAAAGUACGGAUUUUCACGGAUUUUGAAAGAAAAUGAGAAGGAAAGUGAAAAUUCGGAUUCAAUUAAGCCAAAUAAAGAAAAUAAAGAAAAGUCUACACUUACGACGGCGAAUAAGGAAAGAAUUGAUGGAUCUAUUUCAGUUGAGUCGCGUUCAGCUGAAACCGUUGAUACUUCAUCGAACUUUCUAAUUUUUGUGGCUAAUUUAGUGAUCAAAGCAGUUGGGUUUCAAAUAAUUUUAUUAUUUAGUUUCUUUGCGGUUCCAAUAUGGUUAUUGUAUUGCUCAUAUCAGUUUGUGAUGGAUCCUUUUUGGGCCGUAAGGAGUGUUAAACAGUAUGUGAUUGGGAAACUCUUGAGAAUAUCGGGUUUACGAUGCAAUUGUGUUUCGCCGAUUGUAUAUAAAUGGUUGAAAAAGUAUAAAUCAAUCUGGAAGUUGGUUUUAAGGCUUGGUUGGGGAUUCCUGUGGUCAGUUUAUGUGUGUGUUGUUUUGGUUGGUUUGCUAAUGUCAGCAUUCGUGUCAAGUGGGUUUGUGAUGAGGUAUUUAGUGGAAGAGCCGAUUCAGAUGAAGGAGAAUUUGAAUUUUGAUUAUACAAAGAACAGUCCCGUUGCUUUUGUGCCAAUAUCAGAUUAUUUGGGUGUGAAUUGUGGUGUGAAUGGUGGAGAAAAGGUUGGAAUUGGGAAGGUUGAGGGUUCGCAGGUGAUACCGCCUGAUCAUAAACUGCAGGUAUCUAUUUCAUUGACAUUACCGGAGUCAGACUACAACAGAAAGCUUGGGAUGUUCCAGGUCCGGAUAGACUUGCUCUCUACUGAUGGCAAAGCCCUUGCAAGUUCAAGGCAUCCAUGCUUGUUGCAAUUCAAAAGCCAGCCGAUUCACCUUCUCUUGACUUUCCUAAAGAUCACUUCUCUUGUCACUGGUUAUUCAUCAGAAUCCCAAACAGUGAGUGUGAAGGUUAACUUAAGAGGUCAUGAGCCCACUGCCUGCUUGAGGGUGACCAUGGAACAAAGAGCAGAAUUUCAGAGUGGUGCUGGUAUCCCUGAGAUAUAUGAUGCAUCUCUAACAGUUGAGUCGGAACCUCCCCUGCUAAAAAGGGUUUUAUGGUAUUGGAAGAAAUCGAUAUUUAUAUGGAUUAGCUUGAUGGUGCUUUCAAUGGAACUGUUCUUUACUCUACUCUGCUGCAAAGCUAUGAUCAUGCCAAAGGUAAGGUUGAGGGAUGUUUCUCCUAGCACUGGCACUCCAGUUCAAAGAUAGCCCGCUCUGCUGUAUAUAUGGUUUGGUACUACAACUUUGCUGUAUCAGUUGUCCUCAUUGUCAUUCUUAGCAUGUUUAAAGAAAUAUUCCUGCUAGUUUAAACGUAGUUCAAUGGAGGGAUCAUUUAAAAUCAGAUUUCAUACGUAAGAAACCGAAUUGAUACAACUGAAAACUGAUGAACCAAAAUGACACAACCGUGGACUGCUAGUGUAGUCAACCCUAAUGUCUAGUAGAGAAACAAAGCUGGAUCCAGCAGCAAAACACAC